UGGCACGCGAUUUCCCCCGCCCUCUCUGGCUGUCGUCGCGGCGUCAACGUCGACGACGUCUUCCGGUGUUGGCCGCCCUUCUGCGCGUCGUCUUUCGCCAGCGUCGUCUAUGCGGAUGCCGCCACUCCCCCGCCCGGACGAAUUCCGCUGCAACGGCAUGUCGUCAGAGUCUUUGAAAUCCGUCCCCUCCUGCGUCGCCACGUCCUCAGGCACCCACUCUUCAUCCAACACGAACCUCCAUGUGUCGGGGCGCCUUCGAGGAUCUUCCUCUUCUUGUUGGCCAUGUGGCGGCCCUUCUUCUCCCGGGUCGCCGGUUGUUGUGAGAGGUUGGCGGCGGCCUUGCCGCGUGCGGAAGCGCGUGAGGACAUGGCGCAAGACGCACCCGCGGUGACGAUGACAAUCUGGACGACGAAGGCGAGGAUCUAUGGAAAGGCGACGAUGGCAGUGAAGACUCCGAACGAAAAGACGUGCUCGCCGAGGAGAAUGUCGCCGAAGACGAUUGCAAAGAAGACGCAAGCAGUGAAGAGAACUACGUUGGCGACGGACGCGGCGACGAUGGUGAUGACGGCGGCGAUGUUGAACAAAAAGGCUCGAUGGCGACGAUGGCGACGAAGGCGCGGAUGCACGCUACGGAGGCGACUCGAGUGGCGCAGACGACUGCGACCAAAAGCAUAACAAGCGCGGCGGGCGGCGGGGACUGCCUGAGGUAGAGAGAGAGAGAGUGCUGUCAUGCAUUUGCGCAGAACGCCCGCGUCCUUAUGAACACGUGUCACGAGGGGUGGACGGCAGCACAGACGCAGCGCGAAGGCUAGCCGAGGGUCAUUUCCAAGCUCCACCAAAAGACAAGAAAAACGCAAUGUCAUCGCGGCGGGCGAGACGAAAGGCGAAGGGUCGCGGGCAACGCGGCCGUGCAUCCAAUGCGCCACCGCCCUUCGUCUCGCCUCCCCUCAUCGAUUGUGGACACGGAGGGACCCCACAGGCCGAAAUUAUGCCCCCACAAACGACUCCAUCCCACUCUCCCAUCGUCCACACUCCAUGACAGCCAUGAACGAGGACUGAACUCGCCUCCUACCCC